AUGGGAUACAAAAAGAUCACGGGACACCUAGUAUUUGACGUGAAACUAGGGGAAAACUUCCGAAGGAAAGCGAGGUACUCCGCUGAUGGACACAAGACUGAAGCUCCCGCAGCAUUGACCUACAGUACGGCAGUGUCCCGCGAUUCAGUUUGGAUAUUACUAAUGAUAGCAGCGCUAAACGGAUUAGACUUGCAAUGCGCGGAUAUUCAAAACACAUUUCUCACUGCACCGGCAAUUGAAAAGUGCUACCUGGUAGCAGGACCCAAGUUUGGUGAAGAAGAAGGCAAAGUAUUUAUCGUAAGAAGAGCAUUAUAUGGCUUAAAAAGUUCAUCCGCAGCAUUCAGAUCACACCUGGCGGAGACUUUGGAGGAUUUGGGCUUCAGCUCGUCAACUGCCGACCCAGACGUUUGGAUGCGAGCGGCAGUGAAACCUGACGGCGAGGAAUACUACGAAUACAUCCUUUGCUACGUUGACGACAUCCUAUGUAUGUCGAUGAAAGCCAAAGAAGUGAUGGAAGGAAUUGGAAGGGUAUUCAAGUUCAAGAAAGGGAAGAUUGAACCUCCAGAAAGCUACCUGGGAGCUAGGUUACGAAAGAAGACUUUGGAUGGACACAACAUGUGGACGAUGUCAAGUUAUGACUACGUUGUGGCAGCAGUCAAAAACGUCAAGGAAACAUUAAAGGACAGCCCAAAAUGGAAAAUACCCAAGAAUGAACCAACGCCGAUGACUAGUGCCUAUGAACCGGAGAUGGGUGGAUCAAGCGAACCAGGACGAGAAGACCAUACCUACUUCCAAGAGUUGAUUGGGAUAUUACGAUGGGUGACAGAGAUUGGACGAGUCGAUAUCUUACUGGAAGUAUCACUCCUGAGCCAGUAUCAAGCAGCUCCAAGGGAAGGACACAUGGAACAAGCAUUGAGGAUAUUUGCUUUCUUGGAUACCUUCCCAAAAUUGACCCUUUAUUACAAUUGGAGGACGCCAAACGUAGACUAUUCCAAGUUAAGAUCCUCCAGGGAAGAUUUCGAGGCAUACUACCAAGAUGCAACAGAAGAGAUGCCACACAACACACCCAAACUAAGGGGGCGAAGUGUAGGAAGUACUGCAUGGGUAGAUACUUCACAUGGUGCCAACAAGAAAACGCGGAAAUCACAUACAGAGUACAUAAUUUUCCUCAAUCGGGCACCUAUCUUAUGGCACAGCAAGCGACAGCAUAUAAAUGUAAUCGUUACGUUAUUACGAGAGUGUUGA